UCAAGGAUUAACUUUUCUAUUUAUAUCUUCUGAUCUUUUCAUUCUUCCUCCCUACAAUUCAUCCUUCUAAACCUUAAUUAGUACAUUCGAGUUUGAUUCCUUUCAUCAAUCUUAAUGGCUUCUCUCUCUCAAAAACAAGACUAUGAUGCCAAAGAAGAGAUGCGCUCACAAAUUGGACUGCCUGCAUUGGAAAUCUCGGCCGCAUUUCCUCAGGCUACGCCUGGAUCAGUAUUUCCUCCCAUGACAUGUGAUUAUUAUCAGUUUAAUGAUUUGCUUAACCAUGAGGAGAAGUCCUUACGGAUAAAAGUUCGGGAAGUCAUGGAAAAGGAAGUUGCUCCGAUAAUUGCAAGGUACUGGGAGAAGGCAGAAUUCCCAUUUCAUUUAAUUCCAAAGCUGGCUUCCAUGAAUGUCAAUGGGGGAACAAUAAAGGGUUAUGGUUGUCCCGGCCUUUCAAUUACUGGCAACGCUAUUGCUACAGCAGAAAUUGCUAGAGUUGAUGCUAGCUGCUCCUCUUUUAUACUCGUGCAUUCUUCGGUAGCAUUGCUUACAAUUGCUCUUUAUGGAUCAGAAUUCCAGAAACAGCAAUACCUGCCUUCACUGGCGCAACUAAAGACUGUUGUUUGUUGGGCCUUAACUGAGCCAGAUUAUGGUAGUGAUGCAAGCUCUUUGCAAACCAGUGCAACAAAGGUCAGUGGAGGGUGGGAAUUAAAUGGACAGAAGAGGUGGGUGGGAAACUGCACUUUUUCUGAUGUCUUUGUUGUCUUUGCUCGGAACAAAAGUACAGAUCAGAUUAAUGGUUUUAUUGUGAAGAAAGAUGUUCCUGGCUUGAGUGCCACUAAAAUAGAAAACAAAAUUGGACUGAGAAUUAUUCAGAAUGGAGAUAUUCUCUUCAAUAAGGUAUUUGUUCCUGACGAAGACUGGUUGCCAGGAGUCAAUUCUUUUCAGGAAGUAAACAAGAUACUUUCCUUUGCACGUAUUAUGGUUUCAUGGCAAGCAAUCGGCAUAUCAAUGGGGGUUUUUGACAUGUGUCAUAGGUAUGCUGGUGAGAGGAAGCAGUUUGGAGCUCCACUUGCAGCAUUUCAAUUAACACAAGAAAAGUUGGUUCGAAUGUUGGGCAACAUACAAGCAAUGAUGCUUCUUGGUUGGCGACUAUGUAAAUUAUAUGAAUCAGGAAAAAUGACAGUUGGCCAUUCCAGCCUAGCAAAGGCGUGGACUACCAAGAUAGCGAAAGAGACUGUAUCUAUUGGUCGAGAAUUACUUGGAGGAAAUGGUCUCUUGGCUGAUUUUUAUGUGGCCAAGGCAUUCUGUGAUCUAGAGACAAUAUUCUCAUAUGAAGGCACUUAUGAUAUCAACAGCAUGGUAGCUGCAAGAGAAAUAACGGGGUUUGCUUGCUUUAAGCCUGUUAUUUUAACCAAAGCAAGCCGCCUCUAGCAAGGUUCUAAACGCAAAUAUUCACUCCACUAGAGGCUAACGAGAUUCACACCUCAUGUUUAAUAAAUAUUAAUAAACGAGAUGAAAAAUUUCAAAUAAUUGGAGUUGAAGUAGCAGAUAGCUAAAAUAUGUGUCUUUUUAUAAUAAAUAUGUAUUUUAUUUUAGGUUUAAUUAUCCUAAGGCUCAGACUGUAGUGAAUGCUGAUUGUAGGCUUGUGUGUGUGUGUGUGUGUUUUUUUUUUUUACUUUAUGUUGAGAACUUAUUCUGAUACUAGUGUCUUUGGAUUAUGAUGAGGAUUCUAUCCCAUUAAGUCCGACAACUUUGAGCGACUCACAACUUCUAC